GUUUACAAACUCCCUCACAGUACCUGACAGCUCAGAGCGCAGCGCUCACCGAGGAGACCAUCAGCUGACGGAACUGUUGACGGCGUUGUCCUUGUCCAGUCCACCUUUGCUUCUGGAGGAGAUCCGGAGAAGAGAUGACCUCCCAGGAGACUGCCAAAGACUUGGGUCGCUGCUCCGACGGGGUGAACGGCCGACCGGACUCCCCAGAAGCGCCGAGCGAAGAGAAGACGUCGCCGGUUCUCCGCCGGCAUCAUCCGUUCAGCGUGGAGGCGCUCAUGUCCGGGAGGAAGUCGGAGCACCGCACCGAACAGUCCACCUGUUGUAAAGCGGCCGGAGGUGCCGUGGCGGCCCCGGCCGCAGGGUUAAACGCGUUGUUUCUGUGCCGGGAGACGUGCAGCCCUCCCGGGGAUGGUCGAAACAGAUUCGCCGCUGUUCCUUCUUCGCCGGUCAAAUCGGAGGCGUCGGAGUCAGAGGAAUGCGCGCACUGGGUUUCUGCCAGCGCGUUCUCCGCACAUCCGCGUCACGUCAGUCCAGCCUGUCAGCUGAGGAAACACAAGACCAACAGAAAGCCCCGCACUCCCUUCACGACAUCCCAGCUCCUCGCCCUGGAGAGGAAGUUCAGACAGAAGCAGUACCUGUCCAUCGCGGAGCGAGCGGAGUUCUCCUCCUCCCUGACCUUGACGGAGACCCAGGUGAAGAUCUGGUUCCAGAACCGGCGGGCAAAAGCAAAGAGGCUCCAGGAGGCCGAGUUGGAGAAACUCAAGAUGGCCGCUGAUGCCAAAACGGCAGCGGCGGCGGCGGCGGCCACUGCGGCUUCUGGAACUUUACACCCCGGCUAUACCCUACCGCUGUCGCUGGGCGCCAUGUCUCUGUACGGACAGUCAUAUUCUGCCUAUCACCACCACCAAAGACCCAUUCUGCCCAUAUCCCCGUUAGGACUAUACGCCUCUCCGCUGGGAUACAGCAUGUACCACUUAUCAUAGUCAUGGAAAUAUUUGCGUUACCUUGCUGUUCAGCAUUCCAAAAAAUGGAUUUGUGCUUGACAUUAACAAAAAUAAUUCUCUGUGUACAUCAUAUAUAUAUAUAUAUAUCUCACCUGCACAAGAAGUGCAACGUUCAGAGCACUUCAGAUCAAAUUAGCAAUCUGUUUUCCUUCCCCCUAAGCGAGGAUAGAAAGGCGCUUCCUCUUCUGCCCUCGUCGGACAGCCUGUUUACACGAGCGGCCUGCAUGCGGAGGGGUGUUUCUGUCUGGGUGCCGUUUAUCCUCUUAACUUGUUUACAUCAGCAAUAAUUGAGCAGGGGCGAGGACUUGCACUGGGCACCCAAACGCAGACCGCAGCUGUUUUCUUAGGUUUGUUACAAUCAGACGCAGUGUUUUGUGUCAGCAAGUGGCCUCGAUGUCAGGGGACUGGUGAGGAUGAACUGGACUCUCGGCUUCUCAGGACUAGAUUUAAGCAUAUCACUGAAGCUUUCUUGAGGUUUACACACACACCAAUUGCCUUAACAAACAACGUUACAUUCAGGUUUUGCAUAAACGACACAUACGCUCAAUAUGACAACUCAUGAUUUAUACCACUGUCGUUGAAGUUUCUGGGUUUUUGUUACAACACAUUUAUAGCACAAGAACAUAUUUAUCUUUGAUGAAAUACAAUGCUGGAAAUUUACGAGUGCCUUAUAUUGUGUAUUUAUGGUAGAGAAUAUGGUACAAAGUUUCACCAAAUGUCUAUUUAUAUUGUGGUUCCUUUUGAGCACCCUCCCAUUGGGGCUGAAUUUCUCUAUGCUGUUCUUAUUUUGUCAUCUGAAAUUAAAGCUGUUUAGAUUCUUUCAUACAAACAUGUGACAGUUUUUCAUAGCAAAGCAAACACAAAAGCACCUAUUUUUGGGUCAAAUCUAACGUUUCUUCAUCAUUUUGAGGAAUAUCCAACUGAAAACGGCAUUCUGGUGACUGUUCCUGUUUUAUUUUUGGCACUUUGCAGCUUAUUUGUACACAGAUGAUCAUGUUGAAUUUGUGCGGUUUAACGUCCCCGUCUGUGUUUCCCAUCAGAAAAGUAAACAGUUUAAAGGCAGUGUUUGAAAGACCAUAAACGAGAACCAUAAAUUAUACAACGAUAUAACUUGUUCUCACUUAUCCCUCUCUCAUUUCCCACUUAAGGCUAAAAUGAACUUCUGAAAAUAACUUGUUAAAAUGCCACAUAUCUAGAUUAUUAUCUCCCUAUUGAUGACCAAAAAUAUAUAUGCAAGUUGAACUAUAACUAGUUGCAAGUAACAGCCUAUAUGCAAAAUGUUUUCAAUAGUUUUGCUUUUAUUCAAAAGGUUAAUAAAGUCACUGCUCAUUUAA